UAUUCAGUGGUGAGUAAGAAGAGAAGUGGAAAGCCUUUCCUACCCCAGUUUAUUAUAUGUUUCACGCCUAGGCUCUUUUAUAAUGCCACUUGUGAAUAAAUUGAUCAGAUUAGCAUGAAUCACCUGGCUGGCCAAUAGAGACUGGAAUGAUUCUCCACGUGUGACUUGGUUGCAUUAUUACAAAAUGUGGCAGGAUAGACCUGCCCAGCCAUCGUUGCUGAUGCUCAUUUGUAAUGCUGUCUUAAGGAGAUGAGGAGAUGAGAGCAAAUUGUUCCAGCAGCUCAGCCUGCCCUGCCAACAGUUCGGAGGAGGAGCUGACUGUGGGACCGGAGGCACAUGGGAGCCUGGAACUUGUUUUCACAGUGGUGUCAGCUGUUAUGAUGGGUCUGCUCAUGUUCUCCUUGGGAUGCUCUGUGGAGAUCCGAAAGCUCUGGUGGCACAUCAGGAGACCAUGGGGCAUUGCUGUGGGACUGCUCUGCCAAUUUGGGCUCAUGCCUUUGACAGCCUAUCUCCUGGCCAUCAGCUUCUCUCUGAAGCCAGUCCACGCUAUUGCUGUUCUCAUCAUGGGGUGCUGUCCCGGGGGAACCAUCUCGAACAUUUUCACCUUCUGGGUUGAUGGAGAUAUGGAUCUCAGCAUCAGUAUGACAGCCUGUUCCACAGUGGCCGCCCUGGGAAUGAUGCCACUCUGCCUUUACCUCUACACCUGGUCCUGGGAUCUUGCGCAGAACCUCACCAUUCCCUAUCAGAACAUAGGAAUUACCCUUGUGUGCCUGACCAUUCCUGUUGCCUUCGGUAUCUGUGUGAAUUACAGGUGGCCAAAACAAUCAAAACUCAUUCUCAAGGUUGGGGCCGUGGUUGGUGGGGUCCUCCUUCUGGUGGUCACAGUUGCUGGUGUGGUGUUAGCGAAGGGAUCGUGGAAUUCAGACACCACCCUUCUGACCAUCAGUUUCAUCUUUCCUCUGAUCGGCCAUGUCACAGGCUUUCUGCUGGCACUUCUUACCCAUCAGUCUUGGCAAAGGUGCAGGACAAUUUCCUUGGAAACCGGAGCUCAGAAUAUUCAGAUGUGCAUCACCAUGCUCCAGUUGUCUUUCACAGCCGAGCACUUGGUUCAGAUGUUUAACUUCCCAUUGGCCUAUGGACUCUUCCAACUCGUGGAUGGAGUUCUCAUUGUUGCAGCAUAUCAGAUAUACAAGAGGAGACUGAAGAACAGACCCAGAAAAAGGAACCCAGAUUGUGCAGAAGUCUGCCAUGACAAAAAAUGCAGAGAGGCCAGUGCUUUCUUGGAGGUGCAUGAAGAAGCUGCUGGAACCCUUGAGCCAUCAGGACCAAUGGAUCGCCACAGGGCUCUGGAGCCCAUUGGCCACGUCACUUCAUGUGAAUAGUGGGGACUUGCUGGCCAGAGUGUGGUCCUCUGUCUUCCUCAGUGAUGGGUAAAGACGGGGCCGCGCGGAUGCAAUCUCCUUGGUUGGCAGGACCUGUGUGAAUAGUUAAGUGUCAGAUGUUAGAAUACUUAUAUUUUUGUGUGGAUUGUGCAAUGUCAUAGGAUCACUUUUUGAGUGUAUUCUGCCCAUUUCAGGGAGUUUUGGGGG